CCUAAUGCCUUAAUUAAGGCAGCAGAAGAAGCAGACCACUGAACCUCGUGAUAACAAAAACCUAACCUAGGAAACCCACAAUUUUGCAUAAUACCUUGAUCUGCUCUUCUGCUCUGCGAAAAGGAGUUAAUUUCCGAUUUCUCCAAUGGGAGGUUCCGGAAAGUGGUUGAAAUCACUCAUUUCUUCGAAAAAGUCCUCCCCAAAUGAUCGAGAAAAGACAGGUUCUGAGAAGAGCAAGAAGAAAUGGAGGCUAUGGAGGAAUACUGCUGAAGGGAUGGGAUCAUCCACGAGAGGCAUGACGAAGAAGAGAAACGAGGUAGUGUCAGACAAGUCGGACACUGUGUCGAAAGAUGCAUUUACUGCCGCCGUGGCUGCUGUGGUCCGGGCUCCACCCAAAGGUUUCUUGUUGAUCAAGCAGGAAUGGGCUGCCAUUCGUAUUCAGGCCCUGUUUCGAGGAUUCUUGGCAAGACGAGCAUUAAGGGCCUUAAGGGCAGUGGUGAGGAUUCAAGCUAUAUUUCGUGGGAGGCAAGUGAGGAAGCAAGCAGCAGUAACUCUGAGGUGCAUGCAGGCUCUCGUCAGAGUUCAGGCCCGCGUGAAAGCAAGGAGUGUGAGCUUGUCUCCAGACAGGAAACACACUCAAGGUAAUGCUCUUAAGCAAGCUGAGAGAGGAUGGUGUGACAUUCCAGGAAGUGUUGAUGAAGUCAAAGCAAAGCUACAAAUCAGACAAGAAGCAGCCAUCAAAAGGGAGAGAGCAAUGGCAUACUCUCUCUCUACACAGCAAUCCAAAAUGAGUGCUAGCCCAAACUCAAGAUUCAAGCCAAUGUCUCCACUCAAGCAUGACAAUCUUGACAGUAGGAGCUUGUUAGAGCGGUGGAUGGCAACCAAGCCAUGGGAAAACAGGUUGAAGUCAGAGAGAUACUUUGAUUCUCCGGACAGGACUCCAUUGUCAAGGAAAAGUGAUAACUUUCUUCUCCCCAGAGCAAGAAAGAAUGCUGUUACAACCAGGGUUUCACUAAAACCUCCUGUAACCAGCCUAUCAGCUCCAUCAUCAUUGUCGUCGUCUUCUGCUAUAAGUUCGGAAUGCAUGUAUGAUGAGAGCCCUCUAUCAGCUUCAUGCACAUCACCCGAGGAAAAGAGCGUUCCUAAACCGAGCUUCAUGAAUUUCACUGAGUCAACUAAGGCAAAACAGAAAACAUGCAAGUGUUCCUCUCUGAUUGGAGAUGCCAGAAGCACUUCUGGUUGUGAUCCUUCAGUUAAUUUUUGGAGAGACUGUUAUGCAACGCCUCAAAGGGCAAGCUAUCAGAGAAGAUACUCCAGGAGAUGAAAGGUUUUCAUGGAGAAAAACUUGGGUUAAAAGAAAAAAAAAAUUAAAGUAUUUGUUAUCAAGUUUUUGAAUAAAAACAUAACAGGUGAAAGUCUUCUACAGUUCAACACAAUAUGAUUGAAACUUUCGAAAAAUUCUUUCACAUGUUUAGUUUUUAUUGGAGAACUUGGUUAUAAUCAUCUAACAACUUUACCUAAGGAUUGUCUCCCUGAAAAUGGGAUAUAAGUCUGAUGUGUCUAUUUCUAAUUAGUCCAACAUCUUGUUGUCCAUUGUCACAUUGACACAUAGUGAGUUGAAUGAGUGUACAAGUUUGCAGAUAGAGGCUGAUUUUAAUUAGCAGUGUAGAGAUAUAUCAAAACUGGGUUUUGCAUGACAUGGCACAUUGCUUCCAGUCUGGCGUUUUCUUUCAUUUAAUUAAUGGAUAUACACAUGUUUGUCCUAUUCAGGGACUCAAGCAUUGAAUAUAUGGGCUGAGUUGUAGA